GCCGUAUCGUCUCCUCUUCUCAGCUCUCUGAUCAUUCCCCUUGCCGAACAAGGAAUCUCUCGCUGCCGACGCCGUCAUCGUCAUCGUCGCAGUUCUCCGCCGGGAUAUCUCGCGGCUCUCCAAGAUGCCAGCUGCUGGACCGAAUACGUCCGGUAGGGACGGGGAGCUGUUCGUGGAGGUAGAUCCUUCAGGAAGGUUCGGGCGGUACGACGAUCUUCUAGGGGCAGGAGCGGUGAAGAAAGUGUACAGAGCGUUUGAUCAAGAGGAAGGGAUCGAGGUGGCAUGGAAUCAGGUCAGGUUGAGGAACUUCAUCGAGGACCCCGUGCUGAUCAACCGGCUACAGUCGGAGGUCAAGCUGUUGAGGGCUUUGAAGAACAAGUACAUCAUUGUUUGCUACAGCGUUUGGCUUGACGAGGAGCACAGCAAUUUGAACUUCAUUACGGAGAUCUGCACUUCUGGGAAUCUGAGGAAUUACAGGAAGAAGCAUCGGCACGUGUCGUUGAGGGCUUUGAAGAAAUGGUCCAAGCAGGUGCUUGAAGGGCUGGUGUACCUUCAUACUCAUGAGCCCUGUGUCAUUCAUAGGGAUUUGAAUUGCAGCAACAUUUUCGUCAAUGGGAAUAUCGGCCAGGUGAAGAUAGGCGAUCUGGGUUUGGCAACAAUAGUGGGGAGGAGCCACGUGGCGCAUUCGAUCAUAGGCACACCGGAAUACAUGGCACCGGAGCUGUACGAGGAAGAUUACACGGAGUUGGUGGACAUAUACUCUUUCGGGAUGUGCUUGCUGGAGAUGGUGACGAUGGAGAUACCCUACAGCGAAUGUGACAGCGUUGCCAAGAUAUACAAGAAGGUGACCACUGGUGUAAAACCUCAGGCCUUGAACAAGGUAGAGGAUCAAGAAGUGAAGGCUUUCAUCAUGAAGUGCAUAGGCGAGCCUAAGGCACGGCCUUCUGCUGCUGACCUUCUCAAGGACCCUUUCUUUGCCGGGAUCACUGUUUAUGAAGGAGAUGGAUCUGCGCGAGGGUAGGAAUUCUGGAUACCUGUAGUUUGAGCUCGAAACUAACGGUAGCCUAAUGUCAGUAAAUGCAAACGAGAUACUGAAUGCAAUGAUCAACUAUAAGAGGCCGUACUUGUGGAUUAUAGGUAUGCAUUAUUAUAUAUGUACAUGCUAUGCUAAGUCAGUUCAGUUUCAUCAAGUUUGUAAUGCGAAGGAUCUUACCCUCAUCGGGGUUCUUGCUUGCUGUUAGAUCAGCCAAUUCUGGGCAUGGGUUUCUGGAUGUUCAAUGUCGAACUUGUAACUCCCUGAACUACCACUGUACACAAUUUCCAGCCUCGCAGUGUGGUUUUCUUAAGAAGUGCUUGUGGCAAUUUCUUCAGCUAGGGAGACGAACGUAAUCUCAAGCGAUGCAGGUCAAAAAUAAUAAUAAUGCAGCAAGUGGUUGAGAUGAGAAGAAAGCAUGCCAACCAAAUUAAUGAGUGAAUAAUUAUGUAGUCGCCAUGGACAACAAGUUGGAAAGAAG